GAAUCUCUCAGCAGCAGUAAAGUGUUAGCCACAAAAUCAGUAUGACACCUUCCACCCUCCAGAAAAUCUUGUCUCAUUGGAACUAGCCACAGAAUGUCGAGGUUACUGACAACAUACAAGAUUCAACGACACCAGACAAGGUGUCUCUAUCAGACAUGGAACUGCGACAACGGACACCCGAGGACUCUCCAGAGAAGACUGAACCUCAAGUUGAAACUGACACAUCCAAGUUAACCCUGAAGAAGGAGAUUGGUCUGUUUAGUGGGAUAUCCUUUGUGGUGGGAACCAUCAUUGGUUCUGGUAUCUUCAUCACACCCCAAGGAGUCUUGAUGAACACCGGCUCUGUAGGUCUGUGCAUGGUGGUGUGGUCAACUGGAGCUCUCCUCUCUCUACUCGGUUCACUUACCUUCACUGAGUUAACAUCUGUCACACGGACAUCGGGAGGGGAGUAUGCAGUGUUGCUGAAAACAUUCGGCCCUAUCCCUGCCUUUAUGUUUGUAUGGUCCAUCGAGAUCGCCAGGAACCCAGCGUCCAGAGCUGUGCAAUGUCUGACGUUCGCCGAGUAUCUCUCCACUUUACUGGAGCUGUGUGGAUCCCCUGAACCGCCGAAGAAACUCAUAGCGAUUUGCGUACUUGUUGUCCUGGCGUUCACCACCUCCUACAGCGUGAGGUUGUCGGCACGGAUACAGGUCUUCUUCACUGCAGCCAAAUUGGGAGCUCUCAUUGUGAUCAUCAUUGGAGGUCUGGUCAAAAUUGGACAAGGGACGUUAUCUGAGCUACCAACUGGGUUUGAUGGUUCUGUGACUGUGAUUUCAAAUAUCGCCCUAUCGUACUACUCGAUCAUGUUUGCAUAUGGAGGAUGGAACAAUGUGAACUUCUUGAUAGAGGAGGUGAAGGACCCGCAAAGAAACGGACCACUGUCGAGUAUCAUCGGUGUGUCGAUAGUCGGCGUUGUCUACAUCCUCACCAACAUCUCCUACCUUGCUGUCAUGACCCGUGACGAGAUGUAUCAGUCGACGGCCGUCGCGCAGACCUGGGGAGACAGGGUCCUCGGUCGAGCCUCCUGGAUUAUUCCGAUCUGCGUCAUGAUGUCAGUGUAUGGCAGCGCUAAUGGUGGAAUAGGAACAGCUUCUAGAAUACAGUUUGCUGCAGCCCGUGAUGGGAAUUGGUGGGAGUUUCUAUCAUUUAUCAGCGUGAAGAGGUACACACCCAUGCCAACAAUUAUUUGUCACGUGCUGAUCGCUAUGUGCAUGGUACUGCAAGGAACCAUCACCACCCUCAUCAACUUCCUCAGCUUCACCAGCUGGGUCUUCUACUGUGCCUGUGCUCUAUGUUGUAUUGUACUCCGGUUUAAAAUAAAGGACGACCCGAAACGAAUAAAAGUUCCAAUCCUCAUCCCCAUCAUCUUCAUGCUGUGGUGUCUGUUCCUGGUUGUGGCACCUAUUGUAGAUAACCCCGGGUUGAGCUGCUGUAUGCUGCCGCUUUCGUUGUUGGUGGCCUCGUCAUCUAUUUCCCACUCAUCCACUUCAACUUAAAACCCAAAUGGUUUGAAAAGAUCGAGAUGUAUCUUCAGCUGCUGAUGGAGGUCGCGCCAAGUUCAUACGUGGACUCAUACUAAAUAGAUGGACCACAGCUUCACAUAGCCAGAUAACGAAGACAGUUUGGACACAACACAAAUACACAACCAGUGGGUGCAUGAGCCUCGCAGAUUACGCGUCGUUGCUAACAGAACAUUUAGCACCACGCUAAAAACGGGGAUGUCUUGAUGAUUCAGCGAGGUGUAUACACAGAUUAUGGUACAGUCCGUUUGAGUCAAAAUCUCUCAUAAACAAAAUAUGACUCAAAACAACGCCAAAGUUAAUAGGAAAAACACACCAACGCUGCUAAAUUUUGUCAUAAUUUUUGUCUACAAAAUAAAAAAAGUUGUUUAACAAAC